AAAUAAGUAGAGAUAGAUUAUUCAAAAAAUUAUAUAUUUUCAAAUGAUUAACCUAAUAUCAAAGAAAAAUGUACGCUUAAUAAAAAUGUUUUUGGUCUCAGAUCGGUUAGAAUAAAUAAUACUUUUAAUGAGUAUUUCAAUAUUUUUUGCUAUAGAAUUUACUAAUGAUCUUUUUACGAUAUCAUCAUAUGAUUUAGAGUCUUAUUUUUUAAAGGAGAAAUUGCUAAGCAGUUUUAAAAGCAUAUAAUCUAUAGAUGAUUGGUAUAAUUGGAUAUAAAAUGAAUUUGCUUUAAGUGUUUUAAAUGAUGAUGUCUCUCAAAUUAAGAGUGGUGAAAAGUACAUAUUUGGUGCACCUAGAAUAUUUAAUUUUUAUUUGGAAUAUCCAUCAGUAUGUUUGGAUUAUGUUUUAAAUACAAAUUUCAAUUAUUAAGCUUUAUGCUAUCCACAAACUUAAAACGAUUUAUAAAAUUUAUUGAUCAAUUAAAUUCCAAAACCGAGUGAUUCUACUUUAUGCAUAAAUCCUAAUUGCAGUGAAUUUACAGUGAAUUAACAAAGCUAGAUUCAUGUAUUAAUCCCUCAUAUUUAGAAUCCUGUAAAAAUGAAUGUUUUCACUGUAGAAAUCAAAGCUUCUUCUCGUGAUAAAUUUAAACAAAUUAUUUAAGAUCAACUAGCAAAUAGUGGAUGGAUUUCUGAUACAAAUUCAAGGAUUUUUGGUAUUGAAUUUACUGUAAUAUAUCCAGGUUCAUAAGAUAUUAGGACUUAUUAAUUCGUUUUAGAAAACUUUUUAGGCAUUUAUUUUUCAAAUUUAAGAACAAUAUCUGCUUCAAAAUAUGUAGGUUUAGAAGUCUAUUUAAAUGUGAUGCUCAGCUUUUAUUUAAUAACUACAUUUUUCAAUUAAUUAAAAACUAUCAUUGAGUGCAAUUAUAUUUACAAGCCUAGAUAUAUUCUUAUUUAAAUUGGCAUAAUUAUAGAGUUGUGCUAUACUAUUCUAUAUUUUUUAGAGUCUUAAGAAUAUUUUAAAACUUUUACCAAUAAUCAUGCAUUUGAUGGCAGUCAUGUACAAAAUAGCUCUUUCGUUAAUGUAAAUAGCUUUGUAGAUAUAGCUGAUUUGAAAACAUUCUUUGUAUCUCUCAACUUUAUAUUUGUUCCAUUUAAAUUAUUCAACCUUUUUUCCUGGCUUAAAAAUGCUCAAUAUUUUGUGAAAUUUGCUAAUGUAAUUUUUAGGAGUAUGUACGGUCUCAUAAGACUUUGUGUAGUUUUAGCUACUUUAUAUCUUUGCUGGAUGGUUGCUAUCUUCUUAGGAUUAAAGUCUUAUAACCCUGAUUUCGAUACACUCUUUAAAGCUCUGGUCAGUUUUAUAACUUAUGAACCUAGUUAGAUUCUAUUGAAUUAGAGAGUUCAGUACUCUGUUAGUCUAAAAAGUAUCUAUUUCAUAUACACUCUAAUGCUUUAGCUGAUGAAGUAAAUUUUAUAUAUACUAAUUGUUGCUGUUGUUUUAAAUGGUUUACAACAAUCUCAAGACUUUGAGUUUAAUUAUAGAGAUCCUUUUCAGAACUAAGUUGUGGAACAAGUGGGAGAGGUUUGUAGAAAACUUGACAAAUUUGAAAAAUAAACUCUCUCAGUAAUUAAAGGUAAAUAAAAAUUAGUAAAUGAAAAGAUAAUUAUUUGGCUUAAAACCCCUCAUGAUUAUGUAAUAAGCGAACGAUAAGCAUAUCUGAAUGAAAAAAUAAAAAAAUCAAUUCUUAAAAAAUAGAUUAAGCUUAUUGAGUUUUAUACUAUAUAAGAAGUGCGCGAAUUUUUAGAAUAUUUAUUUAAGUUAAAGCCUAAUUUGCUCUAUUAAAGUUCUCACUACUUUCGUAUAUUGCUAGAUUUUAACUUUAAAUUACCAAAUAAUAACUAAGAAGGCAAUUAAGGAUAAAAUGAUUUGAAGGCAAAUAAAAAUAAAAAUAAAAGACACAAUUUCUAAUCUGAGUUAGAUGAAUUUGAUAUAGCAGAUUUAAUGGCAAAGCAUAUCCUUUAAUUUGAAAAUUUUUUAAAAGUUUUAAAGGAUAAGGGGUCUUCUAUACCUGUUUUGUUUAAUUGUUUAUCAAGCAUAUCUAUCAAUGACAAGGCAAGGCUAAUUAAAUUAUACAAUCAUCAAUUUUUCACUAAUGAUUACUUUGAAAUAAAGAAUUUUACUUCGCUGAAGCCACUUAACUACAAAAACUAGAAGUAGACAAUAUUGUUAGAGUAGAAAGAUAACUAAAAUUAAGAUAAAACACAAAAAAAUAAUUAAAAUAUUUUGGCUGAAGGUAAUCCAACAGAUGUCACAGAGUCAGAAAAUUUCGAAGAUUAUUACAACGAAGCAGAAUCCCAAAUAAAUGAUAUUUAUGUAGAAGAUGAUUCAUACAAUGAAGAGGGACUGCUGAAUGUUGAUUAAUAUUCAUAAAACAUGUUUCAACAAUACAAUUACAAUGAUUGAAUGAAUGAAUUAUUGAGGUUAAUAGUUUCAUUUAUGUAAAAAAGUAAAAUAAAUUUUUCUUCGAAAAAAAGAAUAAUCUAUCUAUCUAUAUCUCUCUAAAUAAUAUGCCAAUUUAUGUUAUUAGAGCUAAAAAGUAUUAAGAAAUUUAAUAUAUUUUCUAUCAAAAUAAAAUAUUAUUGUUCUUGUAAACACAUCUUUAAUUCAAUACAUGUUUUUAUAAAAAUUAAAAUUUUAGUAAUUUUUUUAAUUAAUUCCUAAGCCAUAUAAAUGUAAAUAAUUAUCAGAUAUAGUUGAAAUUCUAUCUCAUAUUUUUUUUGCAUCAUUUGCAGCGUCAAUACCGAUACGACGCAUUUCCUCUUAUUCAACAAGUAAUUAGGUUUGUAAGUGAUAAUUAACAUAAUCUUUUCCAUAAACUUUAUUAGCUUUAUGACGCAAAUUUUCAGAAAGCUAUUUUGAAUAAACUUUUAAAAAUUCUAUAAGAUCAGCUCUCUCUUCUUCACUUUUAAUACCACCUCCAAAUAUUUCACAUUUAUUACCACUAAUUAAAGUACGAGGAUUUUGCAAGAAAUAGAAUAAAUUGCGUGUUGUCCAUACGUAAGAACUUUUAACUAAGCUUGGGCUAUAGUUAUAAUAUGGAUCUGCACCAGCUCUGCGUCCAUAAAUUAAACCUAAAGCAGGACCAGUAGUUUUUCUACCUUAGUUAUUUGUUUCUAAUGAAUGACAACUUGAGCAAUGUUGCAUAAAAACUCUAGAACCUUCAACAAAGUCUCCAUCAACAGGAAUUUUCUUAUCCUUUUCGUCUCCCUUAUAUAUAUGUUCCUUUGAUUUAGCAAUUUGUAUUUUUUUAAGCUCAAAUCUUUCUUCGAAUUUCUUUAAACCUUUGAUCUUUUCACUUUCUAAACUUUCUUCAAGUUCAUUUAUUUCCUUUUGCAUAUCUUUUUUUGGUACGCCUGUAUAUGUAUAAAAUUUAUCACCCCAUUUUUUUUCAGCUUCUUCUGGAGAAAUUGUUCCUUCUGGUUAGGGUCCUUUUGGUCUGUUCAUAUAUACUUACUUUUGAGUAGAAAAAUUAAUGACAAUAUCAGAAUAAAUAUCUUUUUAAUUUUUUUAAUUUCUGGAAAAAAAAA